UAGGAGCAAUUGGAUGGAUCAAAAUCAACCCAUCCCAUUCCCAGCCCCACUGAGCACCACCGGCACGGAUGCGGAUGACGCAGAGCUCCUGCAAGCCCAAGCAGAGCUGUGCUGCCACGCUUGGCGGCACAUGGAAUCCAUGGCCCUCAAGUGCGCUAUCGACCUCGGAAUCCCCAGCGCCAUCCACCGCAACGGCGGCUCUGCCUCCCUGCCCGACCUGCUCGCCACCCUCCCAAUCGCAGAGAACAAGAGGCCAUUCCUGCAUCGGCUCAUGAGAUUCCUAACUGUGUCCGGGAUCUUCACCUCGGCUGAUGAUGGCGUGUACCAGCUCACGAGGGUGUCUCGACUUCUGGUCGAUAGCAUCCCGCUCAACCUGCUGCCGUUCGCGAGAGGGGCCGUCAAUGAAAACAGUCGGAAAAUAUCGGAAACGGUCAUUUCUCUGCUUGGGCGAGUGGUUUCGAGAUGGCGGUGAUACCACGCCGUUCGCAAUGGCGCAUGGCAUAGAUGUAUGGGGCGCUAUGAGCCUCGAUCGAGCUCUUGCAGCGGGUUUCAGCGCGUCCAUGGCAGCCGACAGCAAGUUCUUGGCGGAGAUAGCCAUCCGCAGGCACGUUGAAGCGUUCAUGAAUGUUAGCUCGCUGGUCGAUGUCGGUGGCGGGGAUGGCUCGAUGGCGAGGGCCAUUGUCAAGGCCUUCCCACACAUCAAGUGCCUGGUUCUAGACCUACCACAUGUUGUCCGUGGCAUUCCCGCUGAUGGUUUUGUUGAGUAUGUUGCGGGUGAUAUGAUGGAUUUUGUUCCACCAGCUAAUGUUGUGCUACUCAAAGUAAAUAAUUAAAUUGUGGCAUGCAUGUGUUUUCAUAUGUUGAUUUUUUGGUCCUCUUAGUAAAUUGACAUAUUCAAAAUGGAGGUGGAUAUAUAGUGUUGGUGGUAGAUGAUAUGAUAUUUUUGAAACUCUUUUUUUUUAUUACCAUCUUCGUCUUUUGGUAAGUUCUUUGAAAAAGAAGAAUAUAUACCCAAAUAGUUAGUACUAACUAAAAUUGAGACCAUUCAUAUCAGCUUUUCUAACUGAAGUUUUUACUACUUAUAUUGUGGUGCUAGCUUGUAUUACAUGAUUGGAGUGAUGAGGAUUGUGUAAGAAUCCUGUCAAGAUGCAGAGA